AUAAUUACUCUAAGGAUGCUACAAACAACCACAUAAUCCAUAACUAAAACACCUUGUGUUCUCGUUCAAUUUACUUUUCUGAAUUACUUAACAGUUGAUUAAACUGAAUCCGAAGCUUUUGUUUUCAACACCACGUAUUCUCGAUAACAGCAAAAUGGAACUGAGUGAACGGGUUCAAAAGGUAGCCAAGAAGGAAUUGCGAGAAGAUAAGUUUGCUAGGGAUCAAUGCAUUCAGCAGAUGAGAGACUGGCUGUCGAAGAACGAGGAUGUGGUGGAUGUACGAAUUGAUGAUGUCUUCCUGUUGAGAUUUUUACGUACCAAAAAGUUUAGUGUUCCAAUGGCUCAACAAUUGCUGUUGAAAUAUUUGAAUGUAAAGAAAACUAUUCCGAGAAUGACAACCGAAUUGGAUUGUUUAAGUUCGCCGCUGAAGGAGGUGUUUGAAAAUGGUUAUCUAUUCGUAUCGCCACUAAAGGAUCAACAAGGACGAAGCGUUAUCAUAUCGAGAGCUGCAAAAUUUGAUCCACACAUUUGGAACAGCUCCAUCCAAGCCGGAGUUCAUUUCUUAGCGUUUGAAACGUUGCUAGACGAUCCCGAAAAUCAGGUUAUGGGAUUCGUCCACGUAUGGGACUGGCAUGCUGUAUCUGCUUCCCAUUUAACCAUGUGGAGUCCAGCUGAUUUUGAAAUUUUCAAACAUAUAGAACAGUCUUUCCCUGCCCGCCAUAAAGCAUUUCAUGUCAUCAAUGUCCAGUCGACAGUGAAGUGGGCUUUGGACGUGGGUCGACGAUUAGUCAGCAGUAAGAUAAGUGAUCGGAUCACCCUAUACAGUAGUUGGAGCGAAUAUAAUAAAAAAUGUGACGCGUCAUGUCUACCGAAAGAACUGGGCGGUACAAUUCCCAUGGCUGAAAUGAUUCAAUGGUGGAUGCAAAAAAUGGCUGCUAAACGGGACAUCGUUGUUCAAUUGGACAAAAUGAAGUUGUUGAGCGAUCGUGGCAUAACAAAAAAGAAUGAAAAAGACAUGAGCCCACUGCAUGCUGAGAUAAGAGCUCAUAUGGAUUCUGUGGCUGGAAGUUUUCGAAAGUUAGAUGUCGAUUGAACUAGAAUUUGUAUGAUCAAUUGAAAAACAG